AUGGCUGGGCCGGCGGCUAAACCUACAUCUCUGGGUCGCACACGACAGCGAGAGCGUUCCUCUUCCUCGGCCUCUGCCGCUACAGCUUCCACCUUUGGCCCGCCAUCGACAUCGGACGGAUCUUCUGCGCGCUCGUUAUCUCCUAUUGGACACUAUACAUCUUUCUACCAACGUCGCCGAAGAAAUAGCAAUGCGGUCGCGACCGCCCGUGCAAAAUACUUUGCAUUUGCAUCAGCCAUCUUGUCAGCGCUUUGUGCUGGCUCCAUCACCACAUUCUCCCUGUACGGACACAUAUUCCAAUCAAGAUUACGAUAUUCGCAGUUCGAAGUAAAUGGAGUCGCGAUCGCCGGAUCCGUCUCAUCAUACCUCCCCGUCCCCGUUCUGGGGUACCUCUGCGACCGGCUAGGGCCAGCACCACUGUCGCUUGGGGCAGCAGCAAUAUUCGGAGCAGGCUAUUCCCUGGCGGCGGCUGUUUUCAUGCACGUGGAUGCGGGAAUUCGCUUCGCAAAUGAUGGGGACGCAAAUGCGGCGCACCUUCUGGGCGCCAAGGCUGGAGGACCGUUUACAUACGCACUCAUGAUCGCGGCCUUUGUCUGCAUUGGUACCGGCACCGCCAGCAUGUAUCUAAGUGCUGUUGCAACGUGCGCAAAGAACUUUGGCAAGGGGAAACAUCGCGGACUGGCACUAGCUGUCCCGAUAGCCUCAUUUGGCCUUAGCGGCAUGUGGCAGAGUCAGAUUGCCAGCCGGGUUCUCUAUGAACGCGCGCCUAACGGAACUCGCGGCGAUGUAGAUGUUGUUCGCUACUUCAUGUUUCUCGCCAUUUUGCUCUCAAUAGUCGGUGUCAUUGGCUUCUUUAGCCUUCGCAUAGUCGACGAGGAGGAACUGAUUGACAAUGCUGUUGAGGAGCUUGAGCGCAGUGGCCUGCUCGAUAGCAGCGUGCUUUUUACACCUGGUGGAGUCAAUCGAGCUCCGGGCGGCUAUGGAACCAUCAAUGCUGUCGUUGGAGAAAGGUCCAACCCAUUUGACGAUCACGACCGGGCAACCAAUAGCUCUAGCGACGAAACCGCUGUUGCACCCGAGUCUGUCGGUCUACUCAGUCCGACCGCGAAGAACGGCGAUGAGGAGGCUGCAGACAUUGAUGAUGGUGCAAGCGACGAGGCACGGAGAGUCAAGGAGUGGGUUCUCAAUGCCGAGACGCGACGCUUUCUUUCUGACCACACAAUGUGGCUCUUUGCAGCAGGCUUUUUCUUUAUGGUGGGGCCUGGCGAAGCCUUCAUCAACAACCUGGGCACUGUGAUCCAGACGCUUUACCCUCCACCAGGCACAACGGCACACGUAUCUCAACCUACGUCUGCUGCAACGCAUGUCUCUCUGGUCGGAAUUACUAGCACAAUCGCCCGGCUUGCAACGGGAACAUUGACGGACCUGCUUGCUCCUACCCCGGAUACUGCGCACAUCCAACUCACAGCGUCCCAAAUCUUGGAACCACCAUCAUCCCCUGGAUCGGGGAGAUGGGUCAGAAGGGUCUUUCGGAGAGGUCGUUUCUCCGUCUCUCGCGUGGUCUUCCUGCUUUUCUUUGCAAUCCUGCUCUCGGCGGGACUCGCAACUUUAGCUUCGGGGGUUGUCCAGAACCACGGCGAGCGGUUCUGGAUAGUGUCUUCUCUGGUCGGCGCUGGUUAUGGUGCUGUUUUCAGCCUUACGCCUAUCAUUAUCACCGUGAUCUGGGGCGUCGAGAACUUCGCCACGAACUGGGGAAUCGUCGCCACAAUGCCCGCCCUCGGCGCGACGAUGUGGGGACUAAUAUACUCAGCCGUCUAUCAAGCGGGAGACACGGGCGGCGGCGGUGACAUCUUUUGCUACGGCAAGCAAUGCUAUGCCUCUACUUUCUGGGGUAUGAGCGGCAGUGUAUGGGUCGCGUGCGGGCUGGUGAUGCUGGCCUGGAAGGGAAAGAAUGGAUGGAAACAGAGGGGGAUUGUCAUCUAA